AUGAUGGCUAUCAUCGGAAUGUUUUUCCAGGACGGUUUGACUGGCUCCGCGUGGGGCGACUGGGCGCUCUACACCGGAUCCCCGCUGCGCGCGUUCGAGAGCGAGCUGGGCGUGCAGGACCCCGUGGGCUUUUGGGACCCUGCCGGGUUCACGGCGGAUGGUAGCACAGAGAACUUCGCCAGGAGGCGCCAGACAGAGCUCAAGCACGGCCGCGUGAGCAUGCUGGCGACGAUGGGUUACAUCACGCCCGAAAUCACAGGCAAGCUGCCCGGCUACUUGUCGCCUUCGGCUGGCCUGAAGUUCGCGGACAUCCCGAACGGGCUCGGGGCGAUCUCCAAGGUUCCCGCGGCGGGCUGGGCGCAGAUCGUGGCGUACGGCGCGUUCUGCGAGCUGUCCCAGGACCAGUCCCCUGGCACCGCUGCCGCCGCAGGCGACUUCGGCUUUAAGGUGCUGACGUCCAGUGACGCUGGGGAGAAGCAGAAGAAGUUGGCAGCGGAGAUUGCCAAUGGUCGCCUUGCCAUGAUGGCUAUCAUCGGAAUGUUUUUCCAGGACGGUUUGACCGGCUCCGCGUGGGGCGACUGGGCGCUCUACACCGGAUCCCCGCUGCGCGCGUUCGAGAGCGAGCUGGGCGUGCAGGACCCCGUGGGCUUUUGGGACCCUGCCGGGUUCACGGCGGAUGGUAGCACAGAGAACUUCGCCAGGAGGCGCCAGACAGAGCUCAAGCACGGCCGCGUGAGCAUGCUGGCGACGAUGGGUUACAUCACGCCCGAAAUCACCGGCAAGCUGCCCGGCUACUUGUCGCCUUCGGCUGGCCUGAAGUUCGCGGACAUCCCGAAUGGGCUCGGGGCGAUCUCCAAGGUUCCCGCGGCGGGCUGGGCGCAGAUCGUGGCGUACGGCGCGUUCUGCGAGCUGUCCCAGGACCAGUCCCCUGGCACCGCUGCCGCCGCGGGCGACUUCGGCUUCAAGGUGCUGACAUCCAGUGACGCUGGGGAGAAGCAGAAGAAGCUGGCAGCGGAGAUUGCCAACGGUCGCCUUGCCAUGAUGGCUAUCAUCGGAAUGUUUUUCCAGGACGGUUUGACAGGCUCCGCGUGGGGCGACUGGGCGCUCUACACCGGAUCCCCGCUGCGAUGA